AUGAAGUCUAGUGGCGAGGGUGAAAACCCCUCCUCCACGACUUUUACCUUCCCAGCAAUUAGGAAAAACCAGCAGCAGUGGAACAUGGAUGAAGUGGAGGAGCUGCGGGCGGAGAUGGAAGAGGUGCGGGACAGCUACCUGGAGGAGGAGGUGUACCAGCUGCAGGAGCUGCGGCGGGAGCUGGACCGCUCCAACAAGAGCUGCCGCAUCCUGCAGUACCGGCUGCGCAAGGCCGAGCAGAAGAGCCUGCGGGUGGCCCAGACCGGACACGUGGACGGCGAGCUGCUGCGCGGCCUGGAGCAGGACCUGAAGGUGGCCAAAGACGUGUCGGUGCGCCUGCACAACGAGCUGGAGAGCGUGGAGGACAAACGCAGCCGGGCGGAGGACGAGAACGAGGCGCUGAGGCAGAGGAUCAUCGAGGUGGAGACCUCCAAACAGGCCCUGCACAACGAGCUGGAGAGAACCAAAGAGGUGAGGCCUGGGGGGGAGGGGCUUCGUUUGGCUAAAACUCUGGGAGCGAGGCGGGAAAAGGCGUGCGUGAGGGUGAGAACGGUGUGGCGCGGGCCGGAGGAACGUGUGAGAAUGAGGACCGUGUGA